AGUACGCGGCUUCUCGCUGCACCUGUUGCACCCCUAGCCCGACACCUGACACCUCAGCAUCUGUAGGAGCCCCGGGCGCUGGCCACAGGCUGUGGAGGAGAGCUGCUCUCAGUCUGGGGUGGCAGGGUGCAGAGACCAUGUGACCUCCCCGGCUGGAGGGAAGACCCGAGCUCACACUUCCGCAGCGGCAGCUCUGAACCAGCAGCGGAGGGGAGAGGGUGGCAGCACCAGGAGCCCCGGGCAAGUUUAGAGUCCUUCAUAUUCAAUGGCAGGGAAACCAAUGAACAGGAAGCUGAAAUGAAUUCAGACGUUAUACUUGAAGAAACUCUCAUUAAAAGGUCACAGCAGAAGAAGAGGACAUCUCCGUUAAACUACAAGGAAAGAAUAUUUGUACUCACAAGGACGAAACUCACCUAUUACGAAGGUCGCUCUGAGAAGAGGAACAAAAAAGGAUCAGUUGACCUUACAAAAAUAAAAUGUGUAGAAGUUGUAAAGAGUGAAAUAGACCAGGUUCCUUGCCAAAAUAAAUAUGCAUUUCAGGUUGUUUAUGAUACCAACACUUUGUAUAUCUUUGCACCUACUGCGCACAUCCGGUCUCAAUGGGUAAAGAGCCUGAAGAAAGUAAUAAAGUAUAACAAACAUACAGUGUCCAAGUACCAUCCUCAGUUUUGGGCAGAUGGUGUAUAUCUGUGCUGCAGGCAAACAGAAAAAUUGGCUCUGGGAUGUGAAGAAUAUAAUCUUUUUGAUGAUUUCCCAAGGAAGCCUCCACCUCCUACACCAGAUGAGCUAGGUCCUCCACUCCCAAUGAUUCCAGAAGAGGAUCUAGUGAGCAGUUAUGAAAACACAGAGGAAAUAGUGAUAGCUCUAUUUGAUUUCCAUCCAAUGGAGCCACAUGACCUUCAGUUGGUUGCAAUGGAAGAGUAUGUGGUUUUGGAAAAGAAGGAUGAGCACUGGUGGAAAGCAAAAAAUAAGCAUGGACAUGAAGGUUAUAUCCCUAGAAACUAUGUGACCGAAAAGAAAGAAGAUAACUUAGACCAGUAUCUCAGAUGGUACAGCAAAAGCAUUAACAGAGGUAAAGCAGAGCAGCUUCUCAGAAUGGAGGAUAAAGAAGGGGGGUUCAUUGUUAGGAAUUCCAGUCAAGCUGGUUUGAAUACUGUGUCACUGUACACAAAAUAUGGAGGGGAUGGCUCCCCAUCAAUCCGCCAUUAUCACAUAAAAGAGACAGCGACGUUCCCCAAGCAGUAUUACCUGGCCGAGAAGCAUGUCUUCAACUCUAUUCCAGAAAUGAUUGAGUAUCACAAGCACAAUGCAGCAGGUUUAGUUACAAGGUUACGGCACCACGUAUGUCAAAGGGAUAAGACAGCACCCACAACAGCUGGAUUCAGUUACGAUAAGUGGGAAAUAAACCCUUCUGAUCUUACAUUCAUGAAAGAGCUUGGAAGUGGUCUUUUUGGUGUCGUACGUCUUGGGAAAUGGCGAGCACAGUACAAAGUAGCAAUCAAAGCCAUUCGUGAGGGCGCCAUGUCUGAAGAGGAUUUCAUAGAGGAAGCAAAAGUUAUGAUGACACUGGCGCACCCCAAGCUCGUCCAGCUGUAUGGCGUUUGUACUGAAAAGAGACCUAUUUACAUAGUGACAGAGUUCAUGGAACAUGGCUGCCUGUUGAAUUACCUUCGUCAAAAACACGGACAGUUCAAUCCAGACAUUCUGCUUAGCAUGUGUCAGGAUGUGUGCGAGGCCAUGAACUACCUGGAGCAAAACAGUUUCAUACACCGUGACCUGGCUGCCAGAAACUGUUUAGUCAAUACCCUUGGGGUAGUAAAGGUGUCUGAUUUUGGAAUGACAAGGUAUGUCCUUGAUGAUCAGUACACAAGUUCGUGUGGAGCCAAGUUUCCAGUAAAAUGGUCACCCCCUGAAGUGUUCAACUACAGUAGAUUCAGCAGUAAAUCUGAUGUUUGGUCUUUCGGUGUAUUAAUGUGGGAAGUAUUCACCGAGGGUAAGAUGCCUUUUGAGAGCUAUUCAAAUGUUGAAGUGGUAGAAAUGGUAUCAAGAGGAGAAAGACUCUAUCGACCAAGGCUGGCAUCACCAAGAAUAUACACUAUUAUGAUGGAAUGCUGGAAUGAGAGACCAGAAGGACGACCCACAUUUUAUGACCUGCUGAUUAGUAUAGGACAUAUCCUGGAAGGAGAGCUCUGAUGUUUUUCUGUCAUUAUUGGGAACUGAUCCUCUGAACUGUUGGACGCCUUUCACUUCUGCUGCAGUGCUUACAACAUUUUUUUUAAAUAUGUUUAGUAAAACCGUUUGCACACUACGU